CUAAUGUGCAUGUGCACAUGCGCAUGCGUCAAGCAAAGGAGGUCAAUAUAAACUCGAGUGCGUUCUCUUAAAAUCAAUUUGUCGCGGCUGUCGUGUGUUUCAUUUAGAGGUUGUUCAACGUGACACUUCUAUUACUAACCGGACACACGGCACUUUCAAGCAGCUGGAGGCAAGCUCGUAUCAUCCAUUCCUAUUAGCAUGCAGAAAAAGCCCUCCUUGAGAACCUUGUGCACUAUGCUUCCCUGGUGCAUCGUGCCUGACCCUCCCUCUCCAUAUGAGAAGGCACUGCAUGAAACAGCAUCGAACCUCCUGAUUGUGUCCAAGUGCCCCUUCCUAGACAUUCCACGGCUGGCAAUUCCUUCAGAAGUGACACCCCUGCCUGACGUCAGCGAGAACUUCACAUUACCCUUCCAUGGAAGUGACCCAACGAAUAAUGGCACUGUAGAGGAGUGCACGCCAGGUACCGCUGCACUGCGAUGCAGAGUAGGACGUGAUGAAGAGAACCUCCGGGUGUGGUCUCCACAUGGCCUGUUCCCACAGUUCUCACCGCUUGUUCAACCCCUUCUGCAUGGCGCCUCGAUCACGGUAGAAAAGCACAGGUUUCUCUCAUGCAGACUGCGUGAUGAAAUCAUCCAGUUCCUGAACCAACAUAAGCUGAUCCAGAGCAAGAACACAUCAAUCAAGCGCUGGGAGUACUGUGCGCUUGGCCGGUCCUUGGCUACACGCUAUCCCAACAUGGCCUGGGAACAUGCCAGGCCUGGUGUGAAGUUGCAUUCCACGCAAAAGAAUGCUUGGAGUGUCUUCAUAAAACGCCUCAGCGCUUGCAGGAAGGUCCAGAACCAGAGGAUGAUAAAGCGGCUUCAACAUUCAAGCAGUUCUUGGGCCACUAGUGCCUUUUUGGGCUGAUAAAUAGCGGACGCAGGCAAGUGUUCAAAGGGCUUCAGCUGUUGCACUGAUGGCACUGAAGUCGCCAAAACAUUAUUGUAUAAUGAAGAUAACCGAAAUGGUUCACCUCCCUCCCCAGCCUCCCCAGGUAAUAAAAAUAUCCUUGAAUAAUUUCC